AUGGUAGAAAAUGAUGAAAAAGAUUGUUGUGCCGGAAAUUGCACAUCCAUUUACAUUCUAGCACUGAUAAUUUCCUCGUGGAACAAUUUUAGAAUUCGCGAAGUCAUCAGAGACACCUGGGCAUUUAAUGGCAAUAUAUCCGUAGAGAAUAGAACCCAUUAUGUAAGGCACGUUUUUAUUGUUGGUCAGGCCCCUUACAACUCUUCUUUAUCUGAACAAGAAAAUAUUUCGUCACAAUUAAAGUUGGAAUCGGAAAUCGGGUUAUUCCAAGACAUUUUGAAGAUCAACAUCAUGGAUACUUAUGCUAAUUUAACUUACAAAACAAUGUCUGGCAUCACGUUCGCCCUAAUGCGUGGCAUUCAAAAUAAGAUUUCUCCCUUAUUUAAAUCGUCCUGCUUCAAAAGGUAUUUGCUAAAAAUUGAUGACGAUACUUUGCCAAAUCUUGCCUCCUUGAUCGAAACCUUACUAAAUUACCAUGAAAAUUUAAGUAUAAUUAACCUAUCCAUGUCUCAAAAAGACUCGAUCACUUCCCCGGUAUUUAUAUGCAAUGUAGUUGGUCGAGAGCUUCCCAUAAGGGAUCAUAAACAUAAAAACUUCCUGUCCAGCUCAGAUUACCCGCCCAGCAAACUGCCUCCAUUUUGUCGCGGUUCAGCUUACCUUUUGAGUUAUCAUUUGCGUACUUUGGAAAAUAUGUGCAUUAUGUCACGAUUAAGCAAUUACAUAGCUAAUGAGGACGUUUAUGUAACUGGGAUGCUGUCUCAGCUGCUCAAUAUAUCUAUGGUUAACAUAGGGCAUGCCUAUUAUACCGGUCACUAUCCAGCUAACAUAUCUAGAAUGCUCGAUUAUAGGAAUUACAUAUUUAUGACGCACGUUCAUGAGAUACAUGAUCUUCUCGAAAUUUGGAAUCGUUCAAUGCCGGAAAUACACGGCACAUAUGUCGUGGAUGUGAUAUGA